AUGCCGAAGUUCUUCUGCGACUACUGCGAUGUCUACCUCACCCACGACUCGAUGAGCGUGCGCAAAGCACACAACAGCGGUCGCAACCACCUGCGAAAUGUGAUAGAUUACUACCAACAGAUCGGCCACGAGAAAGCCCAAUCAGUCAUCGACUCCAUCACCUCCUCCUACGCCGCCGAGGGCCAGGCCCAAAACAACCCCUUGCUGCCCGAGAACCAGCCCGGCGCCCGCGGCGCGUUCCCCGCCGGCAUGCCCUUCCCGCCGCCCUUCCCGGGGGGCAUUCCGCCGCCAGGCUUCCCGGCCCUGCCAGGUGCUGCUGCUGCCGCCGCCGCCGCCUCCGCACCGGGCGCCCCGCCACCACCGGGCAACUUCCCCUUCCCGCCUCCCGUGCGCCCCGGCUCCAACCAGGCCUUCCCGCCGUUCCCCCCGCCGCCAGGCGCCGGCGGCGCGCCCAACCUGCCGCCCAUGCCCAUUCCCCCGCCGGGCAGCGCCGGCGGCCUUCCGUUCCCACCGCCCGGUGGCCUGCCGUUCCCUCCUCCGGGGGCUGGAGGAGCCGGCGCGCCGCCAAACUUCCCGUUCCCACCUCCUGGUGGGUUCCCUGCCGGCAUGCCGCCUUUCAACCCUGCUGGUGGUCCUCCCUUGGGGCCUCCUGGAGCAGCGCCGGGCGAGGGAAGGUGA